AUGGAGCCCACACAUCAAGACGCUGGCGAAGCGCGAAAGGCGGCUCAAUCGGUCGAGGAGGACACGACGAUGACUGAGCCCGACACCCAGCCGGAAGCCAAGUCUGAUCAGCCCGGAGAGCAGACCACCUCGCCGCCCGACAUCGUCGUCACAGAAGCGGCAUCCACUUCGGGAGAUGUCAAGGCGGAGGAUGCUGUCUCUUCAUCUCUGACAGCUAGUGCUGCUUCUUCAGCGGCGACUGAGCCUACAGCGACAGCGGGAGCUGGCCCGAGUUCGGCCAUGAGCUCGUCAGCUCCUGUCGUACGGGUCUUCAACCCUGCAGAAGCUACCUCUUCUGCUUCUACACCAUCGGACCUUGAUGACGCCUUCUUCACUCCGACCCUUUCAGACGCGCAGGCACACCACGCCAGUGUCGUCUCGCGCUCCAAGCGGCUGAAUGAGGCGCCGUUAUUGACAAGCAAGCAUCGGGAUGAGGAGAUGGCGGGGAGGGAGAGGAGGAAGGCUGAUAAAUGGCCCGAGACGACAAUACGUAUUAAAUUCUCAGAUGGGACGCAGGUCCAGAGCGUCUUUCCUUCUUCCAGCCCCAUCCAACCAGUCUACGCUUUCGUCCGGACCUGCCUCGACUCCUCAGCCUCCUCCAAGCCCUUCACACUAUGGCAACCACCCCGCUUCACCUACCCCGAACACCCCCCUCCGCCACUCCCCGGCCAAAAGCCCAAGCCCAAUCACACCAGCACCAAUCCCCACAAACGUCCCCUUCCCACCUCGUCCGCCGUCGUCACGUCGGCAAACUAUGGUCCGGUCCGGGGAGCGCCAAUGCCGGGCUUGAUGGGCGGUACGGGCGGGAAAGAGACAUUAGGGGAGCUGGGACUUGUGCCGCAGAGUGUGGUGAUGAUUAGAUGGGCGGAUGAUGAUAUGAACGUGACUGGAUAUCCCGCGCCGCUUUUGCCUGAACUUCGACAAAAGGCGGAACCAUUACCCACUCCAGGGGCGCACCUCGCCGAGCAGAAGAAGCCUGAGGCAGCGGCUGGAACGAAGCCGGGAGAAAAGGGGGAUCAGCCAAAGGAGAAGAAGAUACCAAAGUGGUUGCAGAAUGGUCUGCUCAAGAAGAAGAAGUAA